ACCAACACCGCUGAGACAACUGAGGCAAUAUGAGCCACCAAAUUGAGUAUCGGUCGGGUUCUCCGCAUAGGGGAGCUCAAGCUGACUAUUCCCGCUAUCAACCCAAACUGACCGGAUACCCCUCGACGUUCAGGACCGUUAUAGGCUUUGAGUCGACUACCGCAUUAAUGAACAGAGGAUAUGCGACGAAGCUGAAGAGUGAAUUCGGAUCGGUUCCGAGAUCAUCGGAGAGCUUUUUAGAUUUAUCAAACCCGUUUACCGGGGUGUUGACGAAAAUGAAUGAGAAAGAACUGCUGCAUGGGCUGAACGACCGUUUCGCCGGGUUCAUAGAGAAGGUGCGUCAUUUGGAGCAUCAAAAUGAAUUGCUCGAGAGGGAAAUCGAGGAAAUCAAACAGAAGGCACAGUCCCCUGCAUCUCUGGCACAGGAGCACGAGUCGGAGCUUAUGGAUCUGAGGAAACUAGUGCAUGACAUCACCCUUCAGAAGCGUCAGAUCGUUAUAGAACAUCAGAACCUGGAGGAAGACUUCCUCACCUUGAGAGACAAGUACGACCAGGAGGCUCGUGAACGCUCGGAUGCAGAGAAAGGCAUCCUGGUGCUAAAAAAGGACGCCAACGACGCGUACCUGGCCAAACUUCAGCUGGACAAGAAAGCGCAGUCUCUGGUGAACGAGAUCCACUUCCUGAAGAAGAACCAUGAGGAAGAGGUGUUGGAGAUGGUGGCCCAGAUCCAAGAGGCUCAGGUGAAGGUCGAGGGGCACGCCUUUGUCAAACCCGAUAUCACUGCGGCUCUCCGGGACAUCCGUGCGCAGUUGGAAGGUCACGCCGCCUCCGACAUCCAGGUGGCCGAGGAGGGCUUCCGUGUCCAGUUCGCAAAGUUGACAAAAGCGGCAGAGAGCAACAGAGAGGCGCUGAAGGCAACCAAGCAGGAGAUCCAGGAGAACAGAAGGCGCUUCCAAGGGAAUAACAUUGAACUGGACUGCGCGAAAGGAACGAGAGAGGCCCUGGAAAAACAACUACAUGAGCUGGAGGAGUGUCACUAUUCGGAAAUGAUUCAUUACCAGGACACUGUCAGGCAGUUGGAGAAUGAGCUGACCAAUGCUAAACUAGACAUGUCUGGCCACCUGAGAGAGUACCAGGACCUGCUGAAUGUCAAAAUGGCUUUGGAUGGGGAGAUUCUCUCUUACAGGAAACUCCUGGAGGGUGAGGAGUCCCAUAUGUCCACCAUCUCUGACACCCAGAUCUCCAUGCCCUACAUCUACCGCCAGUCCCCUGUAUACACCCUGCCUUCCCUGGCCCGGCAGGGAGGGCCCACACGCAGGUCUGAGCCCCAGUACAAGUUUGUAGAGGAGAUCAUCACUGAGACCACCAGAGAGGUGGAGUCCGAGUUUGAGGAGACAGGCUCUGAGGAGACGGCUGGGGGAGAGGGAGAGGAGCAGGGAGAGGAGAGUGACAAAGCUGAGAGGAGGAGUGAGGAAGAUGAGGAUGAGGAGAAAGCGGAAGAUGUAGGUAAAGUGGAUCUUAAAGUGUACGCCCCAGAGGAAGAGGGGGGACAGGAGGAAGAGUCUAAGGGACAGCAGAUAGAAACAUCAGCAGAGGUCGAGGUAAAUGGAGAUGGAGUUAGCCCUAGCAAGGGAGAAAAUGGAGAGGAAGGAGAUGACGAAAGAGAGGAGGAAAAGGGAGAUGAGCCAGAUGCAGUUGAAAAGACAGAGGACAUUGACACAGGUGACAAUACACAAAGUGAAGUCAAAUCAGCUAAGGCCACCAGUGAGGAAGAGAAGGAAAAACUGGACACAACAGAAGAGAUAGAUAGUGAGAUAAAAGAUGCUGGGGAGACAUUAGAAAUAGAUGACACCCCAAAACAUGACAUGUCAGAGGUUCCCAUGAAGGUUCACAUCUCCAUAGAACCCAAAACUUCAGAGUCAGAGGAUAUUCAAACAGAAAGUUCAAUAAAGGGUGGACCACAGGUUCCCACAGAGGAUAUCUCCAAAGAGCCCAAAAAGGUGUCAGAGGAGAGCAAAAAAGAAAGCCCAUCAAAAGAGAAAAAAGAGGUAGAUCUGAAAGAGCAGAGUGCCCCAGCACUGGAGCAGAAGCCUGAUCAGAAGGAGCACAGAGAGUCAGACCAAUUCCAAGAGGCAGAGAGUGCUGUGACAACACAAGAAGAGGAUCUCCCUGAGCCCACAGAGAAGGACAUGAAAUCCCCUGAUAUCACUGCAGAGCUGAAAAGCAGCUCAACCAAGGAGACAUGGGAACAGGUGAGGUCACCACAUGAUUCUGGUGUAAAAACGACACAGGAUGACAAAACAGUAGAAGGUAAAAUUUCAGCCGGAAUUCCCAGCACAACAACAGAGUGUGAGGAAGAGCCUGUGCCAAAGAUUCCUGAAAAGGAGGUGGGUCCGACAGAGCCAAAAGUGAGCAGCAAGGAUGAUAGUGUAAAAACUGUUGAGCAGAUUGAAUCUAAUGGCAGUGAAAAGUUCACAAAAGAUGUCUCAACAGCUGAGGAAAAAGUGAAAGAAUCUGAUACAUCAUCUAAACCAGAAACAACUAUCACCCCUAAAGAGGAAACAACCCCACAACCAGAGCCAACUGUCACCCCCAAAGAAGAACCAUCCCCAAAACCGGACCCAAUGGUCACCCUCAAGGAUGAGACAUCACCUAAACCAGACCCCACAUUCACCCCUAAAGAAGAAACAUCAAAACCAGACCCAACCAUUACCCCUAAAGAAGAACCAUCCCCUAAACCAGAACCAUUAGUCACUCCUAAAGAAGAAACUUCCCCAAAACCAACCCCAAACAUCACCCCUAAAGAAGAACCAUUCCCAAAAUCAGAACCAGCAGUCAUCCCUAAAGAAGAAACUUCCCCAAAACCAGCCCCAACCAUCACCCCUAAAGAGGAGACCUCCCCUAAACCAGAAUCAACCAUCACCCCUAAAGAAGAAACCUCCCCCAAACCAGCCCCAACCAUCACCCCUAAAGAGGAGACCUCCCCUAAACCAGAAUCAACCAUCACCCCAAAAUAUGAAAUAUCCCCUAAACCAGACCCAACUGUCACCCCUAACGAAGAAACAUCAAAACCAGCCCCAACCAUCACCCCUAACGAGAUCCACCCUAAAGAUGAAAUAUCCCCUAAACCUAAUUUAAUCAUCACCCCAGAAUCAAUGACCACUCCUACAGAGGAGAGUGAAACGAUCAGCAGUGGUGACAAAGCUGAGACAGUCACACCACCAGAGAAACAGUUGCCUGCCGUUGCAAAGAGCAAGGACUCACACAGAGAGGCACCAGAGAGCAGCACAAGUAUGGCUAAAGAGCCUGAGAAGGUUACUGAUCCCAACGAUGAAAUCCCAAAGACAGAGAACGUGAAGACCAAGGCCUCUGAAGAGAUGUCUGUUACAAAGACAUCGCCAGUGAAAGAACAGGAUGUAUCAGCCAUGGGUUUGAAAGAGAAAACUGUUGACGGGAAGACAACAGAAGAGGCACAAUCUAAAAUAGAUGAGAACGGCUUUACAGGAGGUGAUGGAGAGAGCAAAGAUGACAAAACUGCGAAGAAGACAUCAACAGGGCUAGCUGCUGAGCCAAUCGCAGAAAAGCAAGCUAAACCUAAAACCUGGGACUUAACCUCUUUUUAGAAUGACCAGAUUUAGGGGUCUGUAUACGUUUUCUGUAAACCUGCAUGAUUAGUGCAAGCCUUGAAAGCAAUAUGAGAACUGCUCCACCUUAAAAGAUUAACUGACGCUUAAUAUGUACAGUAUCAUAAUUCAUGACUGUCAAUUAUGAGGCACAAUUAAUGAACUGCUGCGAGAGAUGUACUGUAAUAUUGAAUGUAACAAAUCAAAAGCUGUAUUUUGCUGUAUCUAUUUUCUUCUGCCCAAUGGGUGAUAAUGUGAAUAGGGAUGAUAAUGUGCAUGGUUGAUAAUGUGAUUUGAUAAUGCCUGAAUGAGCCAAGAAAUAAAUACUAUUUCCAGCUACUUUAACUUGCUGUGCUGUAUUCCACCUGAUAAGAUGCAUCACAUACCAGUCAAUUUAAGAGUAAAAAAAGGCUUUUGUCUUUACAUCAGUGUCCCCAUGAUGAAACCAAGGUACUUUAGGGUCACCCAGUUGCUUAUAAAAGUGCGUUAUAGUCAGGUCUUUAUAUAGACCAAAGUAUCUGGAUAAGGUGACCCUCAAUUCAUAAGCUUUGAAAGCGUGUUGCUGACACACCACAUUGUUUGACUGACCCUCACACUCUAUUACCCUCUGGACUCAAAGGUUAUCCAUGUGAGGUAGUCUAUAAGCCA